CGGAGGCUUGAAGUGCCGGCAGCGGCAGCCCCUGCGCCCGCGGAGCUGCGAGUGCGAGCCGCCGGGCGGGAGCGGGCUGCGGGAGGCUGCGCGGGCCGGGAGCGCCGGGACAGCACAUGACUUAGGAGUAACACCUUGUGACAUGGAGGAAUCUGCACUGACCCUUGACACGAUAGAUGUUUCUUACCUGCCAAGUUCAUCAGAAUACAGUGUUGGCCCUUGUAAGCAUGCAAGUGAGGAAUGGGGUGAGUAUGGUUUCAGACCUACUGUCUUCAGAUCUGCAACCUUAAAAUGGAAAGAAAGCCUGAUGAGCCGGAAAAGGCCAUUUGUCGGAAGAUGUUGUUAUUCCUGUACUCCCCAGAGCUGGGAUAAGUUUUUCAACCCCAGUAUCCCGUCUUUGGGUUUGCGGAAUGUCAUUUAUAUCAAUGAAACUCACACGAGGCACCGAGGAUGGCUGGCAAGGCGUCUUUCUUACGUGCUUUUUGUUCAAGAGCGAGACGUCCAUAAAGGCAUGUUUGCCACCAAUGUGGCAGAAAACGUACUGAACAGCAGUCGAGUGCAGGAUGCCAUUGCAGAAGUGGCUGCUGAAUUAAACCCCGAGGGCUCUGCUCAGCAGCAAUCCAAAGCCAUCAGUAAAGUGAGAAAGAGAGCCAAAAGGAUCCUUGAAGAAAUGGUCGCCACUGUCUCACCAGCAAUGAUCAGACUGACUGGAUGGGUGCUGCUAAAACUGUUCAACAGCUUCUUUUGGAACAUUCAAAUUCACAAGGGUCAACUUGAGAUGGUUAAAGCUGCAACCGAGAUGAAUUUGCCGCUUAUAUUUCUACCGGUUCAUAGAUCCCACAUUGACUAUCUGCUGCUCACCUUCGUUCUCUUCUGUCAUAACAUCAAAGCACCAUACAUUGCUUCGGGCAAUAACCUCAACAUCCCCAUCUUUAGUACCUUGAUCCAUAAGCUUGGGGGCUUUUUCAUACGACGGAGGUUGGAUGAAACACCAGAUGGACGGAAGGAUGUUCUCUAUAGAGCUCUGCUCCACGGGCACAUAGUGGAACUACUUCGGCAGCAGCAGUUCUUGGAGAUCUUUCUGGAAGGCACACGCUCCAGGAGCGGGAAAACCUCCUGCGCUCGGGCAGGGCUCUUGUCCGUGGUGGUAGAUACUCUGUCAACCAAUACCAUCCCCGACAUCUUGAUAAUACCCGUCGGCAUCUCCUACGAUCGUAUCAUCGAGGGUCACUACAAUGGCGAACAGCUGGGAAAACCUAAGAAGAACGAGAGCCUUUGGAGCGUAGCCAGAGGCGUCAUCAGAAUGUUACGGAAAAACUAUGGGUGUGUCAGAGUGGAUUUUGCACAGCCAUUUUCCUUAAAGGAAUAUUUAGAAAGCCAGAGUCAGAAACCUGUGUCUGCCCCACUUUCUAUGGAACAAGCCUUGCUCCCAGCUAUACUUCCUUCAAGACCCAAUGAUGCUGCUGCUGAAGGCGCCGAGCCGUCCCCUGACGAGUCCAGCAAUGAGACAGAGGAGUCGUUCCGGAGAAGACUGAUCGCGAAUCUGGCUGAGCACAUCCUCUUCACUGCUAGCAAAUCCUGUGCCAUUAUGUCAACACACAUCGUGGCCUGCCUGCUCCUCUACAGACACAGGCAGGGAAUCGAUCUCUCCACAUUGGUGGAGGACUUCUUUGUGAUGAAGGAGGAAGUGCUGGCCCGUGAUUUUGACCUGGGGUUCUCGGGAAAUUCCGAAGAUGUGGUCAUACAUGCCAUACAGCUGUUGGGAAAUUGCGUCACAAUCACCCACACCAGCAGGAACGAUGAGUUUUUUAUUACUCCCAGCACAACUGUCCCAUCAGUCUUUGAACUUAACUUCUACAGCAACGGCGUCCUGCACGUCUUUAUCAUGGAGGCCAUCAUAGCCUGCAGCCUUUACGCAGUCCUGAACAAGAAGGGUGCGGGCGCGCCUGCCGGUGGGGCUCCCACCCUGAUCAGCCAGGAGCAGCUGGUGCGGAAGGCGGCCAGCCUGUGCUACCUGCUGUCUAACGAGGGCACCAUCUCUCUCCCCUGCCAGACGUUUUACCAAGUCUGCCAUGAAACAGUGGGAAGGUUCAUCCAGUACGGCAUUCUCACGGUCGCAGAGCAAGAUGACCAGGAAGAUGUCAGCCCCGGUCUUGCUGAGCAGCAGUGGGACAAGAAGCUUCCCGAACCUUUGUCCUGGAGAAGCGAUGAAGAAGACGAAGACAGUGAUUUUGGUGAGGAGCAGCGAGACUGCUACCUGAAGGUGAGCCAAUCCAAGGAGCACCAGCAGUUCAUCACCUUCCUGCAGAGGCUGCUGGGCCCGUUGCUGGAGGCCUACAGCUCCGCCGCCAUGUUCAUCCACAACUUCAGCGGGCCCGUCCCGGAGCCGGAGUACCUGCAGAGGCUGCACAAAUACCUCAUAACCAGAACAGAAAAAAGUGUUGCCGCCUAUGCUGAGAGUGCCACCUACUGUCUCGUGAAGAACGCUGUGAAAAUGUUUAAGGAUAUUGGGGUUUUCAAAGAGACCAAACAAAAGAGAGUGUCUAUUUUGGAACUCAGCAGCACUUUCCUACCUCAGUGCAACCGGCAGAAACUCCUGGAAUAUCUUCUGAGCUUUGUGGUGCUGUAGUAACGAGCUGCCAGCAGGUGAAGGGCGUGCAUGGCCCCUGGUGGGCUCAGCUCUUUAUGGCUCCAGGUGGGAGGUGCGUCCUGUGGCCAGGCCUGCCCUGCCCUGACGUGGCCUCCUGGAAAGCAAGUGCCUUCUCCCCUCCGUGGGCCCGUGACCAUCCCGACUCUAAGGCGCACAGCGUCCCGCAGAUAACGCUCUGGGGGCCCCCAGCCUCCGCUUGCAGUUCCUAAUCAGUAGAUUACAAAAUGAAAUCUCAGAAAAGAUUUUGGAGUUUAUUAAAGAUUUACAUUUUAAGUAUAACUGUUAAGGACUAAUUAAUGUGAAGGACAAAAAAAUGUAGUUGUACUAGUAUUCUUGAACUGAAUCUUGGUGAUACGUAAUGCUGUCGGGGAAUUCAUUGGUAUAUUUUCUGAUUAACUGUUAAUCUUCCUUUAAAAAUAAUUGUCAACCCAAAGUGCUUUACGAAAGAAUGGGCAGGUGUACAUCACAUCCAGGUAUCCCUGUGCUGGCCUGCGCUGGUCAGAUUUAGGACGUGUUUUCAGAGCUACAUGAAAACACCAUGUUAGAUUAGGUCAGGGAUGGCGAUAACAUGAAGACAUAGCUGACACCAGGAAGUACCUUUGGCUGGCAAGAUUCAAGGUGAACUUGGCCAGAAAACUGACUCGGAAAACUUUUGCUCAGAUAAAAACGUACCAUUGCGUUUUAAAUGACCAGCAAGUAUUUAGGAAUGACUUCCGUUUCCUGGCUGUACCCUUCCCCACCCCUCAGGUGGUCCCUGCCUCUCACAGGCACAGCUGUCCCGGCGUGGUCGGCUCGGCUGGGAGACUUGGUGGCAGAAAGGGCUCUGGCUGAGGCUGCCGGCGCUGGGCUCCCUGUGCUGCACACGGCGUGUGCACGAGCGAUCCUGGUCGGGGGCCUGGGACCCACUCGGGCCGGGCAGUGUGCUACCGUGCGGCCUUCGUGGUGGCCUGCUGCCCGGUGAAUGGUUGGAGACAUUUGUGGAUCUUUAGCUGUGAGGCAGAAUCAAGGUUCUUUAAAAAUUUAACGAGUUAAUACGCCUCAACCCUGACGCCACGUAGCAGCAAAUCAUGAAAACUUGUCUGUUCAUAAUAGAGGUGCCUUUUUGUGCGUGGGGAGCAUAAGUGUUCAUUAAUUUUGGUAAUUCCUGGUGAUUUCUUUAAGAUGUGAUAUUAAAACAUUUUCUCACAGCUCGUUCCUCCUCUCCAAGGUAUUAUGGAAUGAGGAACUCUCCUAAUGAAUAUUGCAUAUCGUCUUUGAAUUUAAUAUAGAAGUACUGAGAAUGAAGUUUGUGCUUUCAUAAGCUUGGAUUUUAAACACUAAUCAUAUCUCAUGAAUAUUCUGUGUUUGGGAGAGGGAAGGGCACUGACUGAUAUUUCACUUUGAAUGAAAUAUCUCGUUUGGAACUCACAGCAAUAAGGUUGUGCUGCUGCGACCUCCACUCUUUGCAGAUCCCCCGUUUGGAACGUACUUUCUUAGUAGGAACUCGUGUACCAUUCAGCUACCGUCAGUGUUGUCGGCUCCGGGGUGGAGUGUGGGCUUCACCUUGUGGCUUCCGUUUUACUAACUGGGCGUUCUGCGUCGGGGGGAACACACGGGGAGGCUUAGUUAUCCCCUCGGGUGCUCCCUAUGUGGGCCAGCCAACAUUUCGCUAGACUCUUGCAUUCAUCCCCUAAAGAUUACUCAGACCGCCUCUCGCUUCUCCGGAAUGUCCGGUUGGCAGACUUCCUAGUGGCUGACGCUGCUGCCCAGCUUGUGAUUCUGCUGGAGCCGCGGCCGGGCCAGCCCGAGCAGGGACCACGGCUUCGGCUUCUCCGGCUCUGUUUCCCUCUCGGUGGGUUUGUUUUCUAGGAAUCAAAUCAGAUGCUUUGGGAAUGCAAUGUAUGGUUCACUAGGUCUCUCGCCACUCAGCUCACUGUGAGAAUAAACACGCAUGCCUUUUUUGUAAUUAACUGGUGCUUCAAACCCUUUUUAAGGAAGAAAAAUCUCAACCAAAGUUAUGCUCACCCAAGCAAGCUGACCCUCGCGUUGUUUAGCACAACCCAUGCUUCAGGGCCUCGUUUCGAGAACACCGUAUCAUGACAGUAAGGUUUCCAGGUUUGCUUAGAUUUAUUCUCAUUGUUUCCCCGAAGCGGAUGGCUUCCCUGUACGAUUAAACAAACUAGGUGCUUGUAAAUAAUGUAUUACAGUUUACUCUGCAUUUCUCUGAACCGGAAAUGCAUGCCUCCGGGGAAAGGCUGUGAGUCAAGUUACAAAACAAACAAAAACUCCAAUAAUAAACGAUAUGAAACUGCACUCUUUCAAAAUGAGAAUGUCCCAAGUCACUCAGAAAAAGGGAAGGACUUUUUGAUCUCUUACAUUUUAAGAAAAACAAAGGGAAAGAACUAGAGUGGAAUGUGUGGGACUAGUAACAGAAAUACCAGGAGCCUCCCUUCUGAGUGGAGAGAAUACCUGGGAAAGGCCGGGAAUGCAGGCUCAGCUGUGGAAUUCCCGUCGUACCUGGAGGGAAGCAUUUUCCAUCAUUUUCGGGGGGGGGGGGGGGGCGUGCUCCGGGAUGUCGGGGCUGUUCUGCAGAAGAAAGUGUCCCUGGGAAAGCAAGUUUGGCCGUGGGUCCUCUUCCUGGGAACUCCCUGUGCACUCAGCACAGUGAGGGCGCAGGUCUGGGAGGACACAGCCUUUAACCAGCGUUUCCAAACUCAGACCCCAGGACCCUUUCCCCUUCAGGACGUCUGGGAACCGCUCACUGGUUCCCCCUGGAAAACAUUUUGGGAAACACUAGGUUAGGCAGUUCUGUAAGGGGCUACAACAGUAACUGAGAGGGCGUUGAGGCAUGAACUUCAUACAUUUAGUGGCUAUUUCCUCCCCUACUGACAGCACAGAAAACUAAGACAGGUGGUCAGGCCCUGUCCUCAGUGGGAAGAUCAGCCGUCAGCGGUCCCGGCUUUUUCACUGAAAGCAAUGAAAUUAACACAGAUUAACUGGGGUAAAAUUUUCAUUCAGAUUUAGAAAAGAAAAAUUGCACAGUUGGAUGUAGAUUUUUAUCCACAGAUAGUUCUAGUGUUUAGAAGUGACAGGACCUAUGACUGAAGUUUAUAAAACUUAAUUUGGAUGUAAAUCUUUUUUUAAAACACUCUUUUUAGGAACUGGAGACUUGGCAUCUGGCAUUUUAGUUUAAUACAAACUAAUGAUUGCAUUUGGAAGAGGCUUUUGAAUUUCUUUCUAAUCACCUAAAGCACAGAAAUGCCCUGAGGGAAGGUAUUAAACUAUGUGCCUGUUGUAUAAAGAAAUACUGAAUUGUAAAAGGAAUUACUCUCACUGUGAAAUAACACUGUGUGAUUUUGUGAGCAACACUUAUUUGGAAACAUUAAUUGAUUUUUAUGCUUGUUAAUAAUGUAUUGUAAGAAGCACAGACUUGUAGUUUUGUUUUAAUAAACCAAAAAAAAAAAAAAAGAAUAUAUUCUUGAUGUCUUGCAUUUGUAGUUAAAAGUCCCCUACAUGUAAUCCAUUAUACAAACAUUUGUUCUUGUUUGACUUCACACAGAACUUUAUUAAAAUGCUUUAGAAGAAACUCUCUUACAUAAAUUGACAAGCCUUCGGUGAGUGGUUUAUUACUGACUCAGAGCUCUGGAACCGUGAUCAAGCACCCGGGGAGGUAGGCAUAUAGCUACGUCUCAGCUGUUGCUCCCCUUAGAAAAUUAAUGUUCACGUCACAGAUACGUUCUUUGGGUGUCUGUAAAUACUCCUUUA